CGUAUAGACUGCAAAAGAAUAAUUGAAGGAGAUGAGAGUUAUGUAAAACUCGAAGCAAAAUCUAGAUUAAUAUAUAAAGAUCCAAAACAUUUAUUAAUGGAUUGUAGAUCAAUUAAAGAAAGAAAUUAUUUUUUGGAAAAGCCUUUAUCCACCGCAGAAAAGAAAUAUCCAUUAGCUUAUGCUAGAAUUGUUUAUAAAAAUUAUAGAUUUCUGGAAACAGAGUUGGCCACAAAUUAUCAACGCCAAAACUGGUAUUGUUUUGCAGUUGACAAGAAAAUUGGAGAUAAGCAAUUUUUAAAAAGAAUAAAGGCAUUGGCUAAGUGUUUCCCUAAUGUUAUUGUUCCAACAAAAAGAUUUCCUGUAGAUAAUAAUGGUAGAUUUUCAAUUUACUGCGACUAA